UGUCCUUUAUCAGUUAACCGGAAACAUGGAGGCUGUGCUGAGUGAUGUUGUAGCUCCUGAGGACCUCAAAAAAUUUGAAAAGAAGUACAACAACGAGCUGCUGAAGGGAGCUGUAUCCAAAGAAACACAGUUUGAAUAUGCCUGGUGUUUAAUCAGGAGUAAAUACACUCAGGAUAUCAAGGAGGGAGUGAAGCUUUUGAAGGACCUUGUUCACAAAUCACCAAAGGAUGACCCCCGGGACUUCCUCUUCUACCUUGCAGUGGCCAACUACAGGCUGAAAGAAUAUGAGGAAGCCUUGAUUUACAUCCGGAAACUUCUCAAGAACGAACCCGGGAACAAGCAGGCCGUGGAGCUGGAGAAGCUGAUUGAAAAGGCUUUAAAGAAAGACGGCCUGGUCGGGAUGGCGAUCGUCGGCGGAAUCGGUCUGGGCGUGGCGGGUUUAGCCGGCCUCAUCGGCUUGGCUGUGUCAAAGGGAGCAGCCAAAUCUUAACCUGGAAAGAUGUUUGCUGGACUUAUACACUGACCUGCAUUAAAAAAAACAAAAACAAAAAAAUAACCAAGUGCUAAAAGAUUUUGGUUUGAAGUUUUUGUGUUUCAACAGACUAAAAGCAAAUGGUUUGGUAAAAAAAAAAAAAAAACAGGGUUUAAAAAAUAUUCAGGUUCUUCUGUUCACAUAGCAUGUCAGUAUGAAGUUAUUUGUAUAAACAUCUUAAAUAUACUAGGUUGACAUUUGUUUUCUGUGCAAAUGGAAUGUAUGUCUAAGAGUGUACAGGUUUGUUUCUUUGUUUAUGAAUAAUGGAAAGUAUUAUUAUUUACAAACAGCGGUUUGGCAGUAAACACUUAUUCCAGGCUUCUCCUUUCUCCAGAUUUCUCUAUAGAUUUAAAUUAAUUAACACAUUUAAUUGUGUUAGAAGCUUUCCUGACAUUCACAUUUACUAUAUUUAAUUACGCCUUUUACAUAUUGAUAAAUAAAAUGACU